GUGGCCUCACGCCAGCGCUCUCUGUGCGUCGUCAAAGCGCGCGAGGAGGACCAGCAGGAGAGUUUUCUGGAGAUGUCGAAGAGGAAGAGCAGUCAUUCAGGGCUCACGCCUGAUAAGAGAAGCCGGUUAUCUCAACCUGAGCCAUCUGAAGAGGAUGAAGCAGACAACUUCAGUUCAGGAGAUGGCAUGAACACAUCACAGAGUGUCACAGGUGAAGUGGGCAUCAUAGAGAGCAUCUCUCUAAAGAACUUCAUGUGUCACUCAUUGCUUGGUCCCUUUGAGUUUGGUCCAAACGUCAACUUUGUCGUAGGAAACAAUGGAAGUGGAAAAAGUGCAGUGCUGACAGCUCUGAUUGUAGCCUUGGGCGGUAAAGCUCACACCACUAACAGAGGCUCCUCACUCAAAGUAUUUGUUAAGGAAGGAGAGAGUUCUGCAGAUGUGUCCAUCACUCUGAGGAACAGGGGUCGUGAUGCUUAUAAGCCAGAAGUGUUUGGUCAGUCCAUCAACAUAGAUCUCCGUAUCUCCAGCGAAGGAAUCCGGACAUAUAAACUAAAAAGUAAAACAGGUAUGCUUGGGCCCUUCUACAGAAUUGGUUCAAACUACAUCAUGAAGACCAAGAGCAUGACCCAGAAUGGAGUGGAGAAGCACAGGGAGACUCUACAAGAGCUAAAGAGAAAGUACCACGAGAAAGAAGAGCGCUAUAAAAAUCUGGCUUCACUCAAUGAAAUGCAGCAGAAGUUGGAUGAGCUGAAGAGUCAGAUGGCCUGGUCUCUGGUGGCAGAGGUGGAGCAGGAGAUGAAGCCCAUGAGAGAACGAAUCGCAGCUGAAGAGAAAUCCACCGUCAAAUAUGACCAGAAGGUGGAAGAGUGGGAGGGGAAGAUUCAGGAGGCCAACGGGAUAUUCAGAAAGUUGCAGGAUCAGCUGGAGGGUGUGACGGAUCGGAUGCAGCAGCUGCAGCCACAGUGUGCUGAACUGAAGAGCCGAGUACAGACGCGCAACCGAGACCUCAAAGCCGCCGAGGCUGGUCUCCAUCGUAAAAAAACUAACUUGAGAGACCUUGAAAAGGAUAAAGAUCAGCUUAACAAGCGGAUCCAAGAACUCAAACACAGCAUAAGUCAGGCGAACUCAGCUGACACUCAUGCUCGUGAGGAGAAGAUGAAUCACAUUCAGGCUGGGCUGGAAGAUCUAAGUUUCCAGGACUCCACUCUGGCUCAGCAGAUCAAUCAGUUUACACAGGCCUGCGCCACUGCUAAAGAAAAACUGGGUAGAAUGAGGUUAGUGCAACUGUUUGUAAAAGUCAGGGUUAAAAAAAUACAUCUCUUAAAAAAGAAAUUUAAAAAAGAUUUUCUUUUAUUGGUUUUCAGGGCUGUCGAUCACCCUGAAUAUCCAACUGUGCUCCAGGCACUUGACAUUGAGAAUUCAGUUGUGGCCAACUGCCUGAUCGACAUGAGAGGAAUUGAAACCAUUCUGCUCAUCAAGAACGCUAAAGAUGCGAGAAAAGUCAUGCAGAGUGUAAACCGACCACGCAACUGCAUGGAGGCCUUUACACGUGAGGGGGACCAGGUCUACUAUAACCGUUACUAUUCCUCCGAACAGGACAGAGUACGCUACCUCAGCAAAGAUGUCGAAGAGGAAAUCAGACAUUUACAAUCUGCUUUACAUGCCCAGCAAACACAUUUGGAUCGCUUUCAGCAGGACAUGCAGCAAGUCACUGAGGACGAGAGGCGGAACCAAACACUUCUUCGCAGAGCCUAUGAAGACCACAAGAAGGCCCAGGAGCAUUGUCGGAAGCUUCAAGCAGAGCUGACAGAAUUACAGAAUGUUGAGGAACCUCAGUCAGAAGACUUGAAACCUUUGGAAGAGGAACUGGAGGAGCUCUGCAGCCGAAUAAAUGUGUGUCGAGAGGAAUUUGAAGCUGUGCGAGAUCAGGUGCUGACACACAAGAAGGAAUAUGAGGAGGCCGACCAGCUCUGCCGGCAACAGAGGGAAGCUUUUAGCAGCAUCGCAGAGGAAGCUGAGCCCAUUAAGGAGCAAUUGAGCAGCAGCGAUCAGGAGUUGGCAAGGAGUAAACAUCAUAAAAAACACUAUGAAGAAAAGCAGAAAGCACAUGUGGACAUGAUUGAGACACUAAAGACGAACCUGAAUGUGAAGGACUUGGAGUUACAGGCAUCUAUAGCAAAAGCCUCAGAAAUCUGCCCCGAGCGCUUGGAUGUGAGGAGAACAGCGAAGAGUUUGGACAGUGAGAUCAGCCGCCUCAGACACAAGAUCAACACACAGCAGGACCAACAAGGGCACAGAGACACUAUCGUCAGGCAGUACCAUGAGGCAAAGGAAAACUUCAAUAACAUAGCCCGACAGGUCAAGGGUCUGGAGGCUUUCAUCCGCCAGUUAACUGAGAUCAUGAACACCAGACACAACGUCUACGCUGAAAUGAGAAUGUAUCUUUCUGUACGCUGUAUGUACUACUUUGACUCCAUGCUGUCUCAAAGAGGAUACAUAGGGAAGAUGACCUUUGACCACAAGAAUGAGACUCUCUCCAUAUCAGUUCAGCCAGGAGAGGGUGGUAAGGCCGUUCUGAGUGACAUGCGUUCACUAUCUGGAGGAGAGCGUUCGUUUUCUACCGUGUGUUUCGUCCUGUCCCUGUGGGCCAUAACUGAAGCGCCGUUCCGUGCCUUGGAUGAAUUUGAUGUCUAUAUGGACAUGGUAAACCGGAGGAUCUCGAUGGAUAUGAUGCUGAAGGUAGCUGCCAGUCAGCGCUACAAACAGUUUAUUUUCCUCACGCCGCAGAGCAUGAGUUCUCUGCCUGUCAACAGCCUAAUCCGUAUCCUCCGUCUGAAAGACCCUGACCGUAGCCAGUCUGCUCUACCUUUCGGUCAGAAGAACCCAGAAUGAUGCUGUUGUCCAAUGAACAUCAUCUUAUGUGUGUGAGGCAAAAGUCAAAGCAGGCAAAGUACUUGCAGCUGACAGCUGCACUUUACAGCUCUCUGUUGCACAUAUGUUUACAGGUUAUUUAAAUGUAUAUUAAUUUAGUUAUUUAAAACCAAAUUUUGCAGGUCUAGUUUUGUUCUGCACUUUAAAUCUUUCUAAAAGAAUAGUUUUAGGUUUAUAAAUUUGAACGUGAUUCCAAUGUUAUGUGCAUUUAUACUUGGUUGAAUAAACCUGUUGAAUAAGUC